CUUCCAGAGGCCUUAUAAGUCACCACCCACUCCCGGCGCGCCUGUGUAUCACCUGGCUCACCAUGAAGACACUGCUAGGUGUUACGUUACUCUUCCUUGGGAUAAUUGCCAGGGGCGUGAGCCAAGAGGUGGUCGCCGCAGCACCUCGCCUCGACACUUCGCCUGCUGAGGGUAAACAUGAGACGAUAAAGGAAGCUGGCAUUGAGACGCUGAGGAGGAAUGCCCCACAAGACUCGUUGCACCGCCUGCAGCAAAGACCCUUCCGCCCCACUGGUCGCCGCCUUAAAAGCUCUUCCACUGACAAAGGACACUCCUCACCCCGUCUCUCUACGCGCCAAGAAAGAAUACAGAAAUAUUUUCGACAGGCUGCUCAGAGAAGGUUUGCCUUGGGGCUGGUGCUCCCACGACGGAGAGGAGAUACCUCUAAUGCUGGCAUCCCUUCACCGCCUCCUCCGCGGCCACUGGAAGCGACACCGCGUAGAGAAGGUGGCCAUAGAGAUGCUCAGGAACGUACGUUGACUGGCAUUCCAAGGGACGCAGCCAAAGUCGCAGAGGAGCACGUCAAGGAGGCUCCCAGGUUACUAGUUACUAAGUUCCACGGGCCCAUCAAGGCAACGCAAGAUUCUUCCCUUUCUCGAGGACAAGGGUUUCAGCCUGACUUGGUAAUGGGUGAAAAGGAUCGUGGGAGUUUGGAUCAAGGACAGCUCCUUUCAGACAAAGAUGAGAACGACAACGAUGGCAAUUCUGAGGCUCUGGCAGCACAAAUCGCCCCGCAACCAGCAGAGGCGCCACAAGCCACCUUUACGAAGAGUGACAGCGAGCAGGAGAAAACAUCCCUUCAAAACAUUAACCUACCGGCUGCUGGCGGCGGAGUACCAAGAAUUAGGGAAAGAGUUAGGCUCCAGGGCGUGAGGCCGCGAUUUCGACUCGGGGAUGACGAGUCGGGGGAGCGGGGAGAACGGAGAGGAAUCUCCCCUUCCCUUCGCAGGAGACGCUUGAGAAUCCUUCGACCUAACUUUAGAAUUCAGAGAAAAGGGCCCAGACUGGUGGCUCGUCAGAACCCUCCACUCGAGUUCCAAGACCACAGGCAGUCUGAGAUCUAUCAACAGCCUUCGCUCUCAGAGGACUUAGAACAUAGUGGAGACAAGCCAUUGACCCCACAUUCCCUCUCCACUGCAGGAGAGGAAUCAUUUGUCCGCCAACAACCGCAGCACGUCCAAGCACAGGCGCCACACACUUACCUUCCAAGAGAAACCCAGGGGAGUGAUGACAUAACAUCUCAUGUACAACACCAAGACGGUGACACACCGAGGGCUGCAACAGGUCCCGAGACAACCAGAAAAGUGGUCUUUGACUUGCAAGAGGAGGACAUUCAAAUGGAGCUGAGACAGCAGAGUCACACCCAAGCUCUGCUUGACGAGCGAGUUGAGUCAGAGGACUCCCACAUCACAGCGGAGAGGCAGCACCACAGCGCGCUGCCUGAGAGACAGCGGACAGCGACUCAUUCUAUCCCCGCAGACCAUUCACAGAUCCAACAUGAGAGUGCUGACCUUCCUGAGACAAUCAGUCCUCUGAUGGACGUCUCACCCCAAGAUUUAGCAACAACGUCCUCUACCUCUCACCAAGAACCCUCAGUUCCUUCAGAGGCUCUUUCGCCUACCUCCUUCGAUGACUCGUUUGGUGAACAUUCAGCAGAUCAGGAGCAAUAUUUGUCAAAAAUCAAUAACCUUCAGCGACUUUCUGCUCGCCAACAAGAAAUAGGCAAGCGCAGACUUUCCCAACGCCUACAGAGCAGCAGUCCAGGUGUGCCUCGGGUGCGGACCUUCAUUAGACAUCGCUUUAGUCAGAACACACAGAGAGCAUCUCAACCUCAAAGACUGAAGCCAGUGCGGCAACCACAGACCGAAAACUUCCCAAUUCUACAAACUCCUCAGGCAGUUGUUUCAAAUUUUCCUCGAAAUGAUUCCAGCCAACCACACAUCCUCCACGAACCCAAAAUUGAGUCUCAUUCCCCAGCUCGUCUCAGCCAGUCUGAACACUUGACGCAGGAAACAGAAGAUUUUACCCUUCACUUCGCUCAACCGCGGCACAGAUUUUCUGACCUGUCUUCGCAAGGUGCUGUAACAGGCACGAAGGAAGAACCACUACUUAAAUCUGUCACUCUUCGGAUCCACAGACCUGACAGCCGACCCCAAACCUCCAGUGAUUCUCUAGGGCAGCAGGAGAGCCGAGGGAUACCACUAGGGGGCAACAGGAAGGGCCUCGAGCAACAGGAAGAACUGCAUGAUAGGCAUCUCCCUAUCGCUUUUGGGACGCAUAAACAAAACGAAAACAUUCAUUCCUCUUUCCCCAGCGACCACUUCCCAGCUAUUCCUCAACACCUGUCGGUUGGCGUCCGUGAGCGGCAGUCAGAAGGGACGUCACGACCCUCAGCACAUGAACACCAUCAUCACCAGCACGAUACAACGCAUUCCAUCGCUCAUCAACAACAGCAACACCAGCACGCCACUCUACAGUCCACCGCACACCAACAGCAGCAACACCAGCAGGCUACUCUACAAUCCACAGCACACCAACAACAGCAACACCAGCACGCCACUUUACAGUCCACCGCACACCAACAACAGCAACUCCAGCAGGCUACUCUACAGUCCACCGCACACCAACAGCAGCAACACCAGCACUCCACUCUACAGUCCACCGCACACCAACAACAGCAACACCAGCACGCCACUUUACAGUCCACCGCACACCAACAACAGCAACACCAGCACUCCACUCUACAAUCCACCGCACACCAACAGCAGCAACACCAGCACUCCACUCUACAGUCCACCACACACCAACAGCAGCAACACCAGCACUCCACUCUACAGUCCACCGCACACCAACAACACCAGCACGACAGCCAACGACCCACCACGCAUCACCACCAACCUCACCACCAUCACGCCCCACUGCAAUCCAGUACACAUCAACAACAACACCAUCACCAACACCAUGCUCAUCAUCAGCAACAACAACAACAACAACAGCAGCAGCACGCGUCUCUCUCACACACUCAUUUGGACGACCACCACUACAAUACACACUUGACUUUACCCCACGAAGAAAGCCAGAUUGGUGACACAGAAGAGCCAUUGCUUGAUACCCACACGCCUAGACAGCCUGAUCCCCACACCACUCUUCGUGAACACUCCCCAACGCAAGGUGGCAGUGGAGGCAACAAUUUGGUCCAAAGUAAAGACGAUACAGGAAUGACGACAGAUGACGUUCGCUACCUCGGAGGAGUAGCAGUGGCUUCACUUCUAAGCGGAGAACACAUGGGACUGAAGCACGCUUCUCUGCAUCACGAUAACGUAAAACCUCUCACGAGAGACGACGGUGUCUUCAGAGCAACAAGUGACGGGCGCCUCACCGCUGCUGGUCACGCACACACCGAAGGAACUCAAAGGAAACACAGUGAUCCACGCCAGAAGCAGCCAGAAUUUCCUCCCUUGCACAGCACCACAGAUGUACGGGGUGUUAGAGUAAGUCAAGGGUCGCAUCUCCGACAGUCCGACGUAGUGGAGAGUCAAGUGCCGUAUCUCCGACAUUCCAGUGUGGCCGAGAACCAAGCGCCUCAUCUAAGGCAGUCCGGAGUGACGGAGAGCCAAGUACCGCAUUCAAGACAGUCUAGUGUGGGAGAGAGUCAGGCGACGCUUCUCCAAAAGGCUGAUGUAGUGGACAGCCAUGCACUUCAGCUAAGACAACCUGGAGUGGCGCAGAGUCAAACAGAAAACCUCCGACAGUCUGCUGUGACCGAGAAUCAAGCGCCACGUCUCGAACAGUCCGGAGUGACGCAGAGUCAAACGCCUCAUCUCAGACAAUCCGGCGUGACAGAGAGUCAAACACUGCAUCCACGACAGUUCGACGUGACAAAGAGUGAAAAGCCGCAUCUCCAACAGUCUGGUGUAGCGGACUCAGAUUCGUCGAGGAAGUCUGACGAUACAACUAUUUAUGGGUCCGAUAACCACCCAAGUCACGCCGACGCCUAUCUUUCACAUCUCAAAAAGCUGGAAUCUGAAUUGGAACGCCACGUCUCGCGUAUCAGAGAUGGAACUGCAAGUUUUAGGAAAGUGGAGGCAUUUAGACAAGGAGACAGCAGACCCAGAACCACAGGAGAGCAAGUAUCCAGCUACAGACAAAGUGGAGCAAUUGUCAGAGGAACUCAGCCAUCACGCUCACAUACUGACGAUGAAAGGGUAACUAUUUCGAAUUUCCGAGAUGGCACCUCUAGGAUGAGAGGUUCAGGCCAGUCUAACGAAUCAAGGAAUGAAAUAAGGAUAAGGAACCAACUCAGUAGUCCAACAGAGGCAAGAGACGGGGAGGUGCGCCUCUUCCAGAGUGGACGCUCAGGGCAGGUCGACCCUUUGCAGGAAAAAACACAGAAGGCCACGGCACCCGCCUUGCCCAUGUCAAGGGUAUGGAGGCAGCAAAAUAAGUUGUUGCCAAUUAGAAUUAGCAGUAUAACAGGACAGCCGGCUAAGCCUCACUUAAUUCAGCGUCAGAAUCCUGAAGCUUGGCGUCCACCUCCUAUCCGCCGCCCUUCUCCAAUCCAGGGUGAAAUUAGCGUUUUGCAAUCUUCUCGUAGCGAAAAAACAACAUUCCAGGAUAUUAAUGAAGCUCCUCGAGCACAGACAAACUUCCUGACGUCAGUGCAAACAGCUCCAAGAAGGGGGACGGCCAGUUCGGAGCAGGCCAGACAGCAAUUUACAGCUCUUGAAAGGUCACAGGCACCACUCCACGUUCCCCUGUCCUUUAGGGAGGGACGGCAGCGUCAAGUGCUGUCGACAUCGAGAAGACUUACGAACUCCCACGGUCAACCAGCAUACACCUUCCACCGCAGCUCUGACGAUGGUGCAUUCCAGGAAAACUUGUUCAGACACGGAGAUUAUUACAGCCCUCCAAGGCAGCUUGGAAGGUUAAGGGAACCACAGCAAGUUUCUAUCAUCCACCAG